UACACGCCCACCAAGCACGCGCACCUUGGCCAGCACUAGCCAGGGUCCCCAGAGCCCUGGCCGCGCCCACCUACCGCCCUGACACAGGACUGGAGUGCGCCCCUGGAGGCACCGUGGCAGAUUCUGGAUGGUAUCAAUUCUCCUCUAGGAUUCCAGCAGGAAACCGCGCUCCCUGACACCCCCCCCCACACACACACACAGCUGGAAGUGCUGAACUCCACGUGGACACACCUCCCUGAUAACACCCCUCCUGCAGGGAACAACAUGGCCGCCCAGAACAGAACCGUAAGCUUUGCACCUGGCUUGAAUCCGCCUCAAGACCAUGCCUCCUCCCUCCCCUUCAACUUCAGUUACGGUGAUUACGACCUCCCCCUGGAUGAGGAUGAGGACAUGACCAAGACACAGACCUUCUUCGCGGCCAAGAUUGUCAUUGGCGUGGCACUGGCAGGCAUCAUGCUAGUUUGUGGCAUCGGCAACUUUGUCUUCAUUGCUGCCCUCGCCCGCUACAAGAAGCUACGCAACCUUACCAACCUCCUCAUUGCUAACUUGGCCAUCUCGGACUUCCUGGUGGCGAUCGUCUGCUGCCCCUUUGAGAUGGACUAUUACGUGGUACGUCAGCUUUCCUGGGAGCACGGCCACGUGCUUUGCGCCUCUGUCAACUACCUGCGUACGGUCUCGCUGUAUGUCUCCACCAAUGCCCUGCUGGCCAUCGCUAUUGACAGAUACCUGGCCAUUGUCCACCCCUUGAAGCCGCGGAUGAAUUAUCAGACCGCCUGGUUCCUGAUUGCUUUGGUCUGGAUGGUCUCCAUCCUUAUCGCCAUCCCAUCUGCCUACUUCACCACCGAAACCAUCCUCGUUGUUGUCAAGAACCAGGAAAAGACCUUCUGUGGCCAGAUCUGGCCGGUGGACCAGCAGCUCUACUACAAAUCCUAUUUCCUCUUCGUCUUUGGCCUUGAGUUCGUGGGCCCGGUUGUCACCAUGACCCUGUGCUAUGCCAGGAUCUCCCAGGAGCUUUGGUUCAAAGCCGUACCUGGCUUCCAGACGGAGCAGAUCCGCAAGCGGUUGCGCUGCCGCCGCAAGACCGUGCUGCUACUCAUGGGCAUCCUCACGGCCUAUGUGCUGUGCUGGGCGCCUUUCUAUGGCUUUACCAUCGUGCGAGACUUCUUCCCCACUGUGUUCGUGAAGGAGAAGCACUACCUCACCGCCUUCUACGUCGUUGAGUGCAUAGCCAUGAGCAACAGCAUGAUCAACACCGUGUGCUUCGUGACGGUCAAGAACAACACCAUGAAGUACUUCAAGAAGAUGCUGCUGCUGCACUGGCGGCCCUCUCCCUACGGCGGCAGCAAGUCCAGCGCUGACCUUGACCUCAAAACCAGUGGGGUGCCGGCCACAGAAGAGGUGGAUUGUAUCAGGCUGAAGUAGCCUGCUGGUGAUGCCCAAGGGAAAACAAAUUCGGUACUCAGUGUAUCACACACCAUCAACCCACUCACGAGCUACAUGAGGAAAGACAACAGUAUUCAUGCUCUCCUGCCCAAAUGUAUCUGGAUGCUCCUAUGUCCUAACAUACGGCACAACUGAUACCUGUGUAACACCUUGAGAGACAAGACACAAAUGGCAGCAAGCGACAAGGACCGAAUGCCUUCUGUGUGCAAACCACAACAAGAGAUUAUUCAAGGACAGGAGCUGACGUUUGCUGACUACCUGCUAUGCGCAGAAAACAGUUACCACCCCUCCCCGCAAAUGGUAGCAUCUGUUUGGCGCUACCAUGCUCUAUCUAUCCAUUUAUCUAGCUAUCCAUCCAUCUAGAGCACUUGAAAGAGGUCACAGAUGAUUAGCCAGAGUCGUGCUCCGUAUUCUCUCAUCUGUAUCCCAUCCGCACAGAACUGUCAAAAGGCAACAGAACAAAGUACUUAGACCCAGCAGAAAUGUAAGGGUGACUCCAUCAGUAUGGAGCCCACGGUCUCACGGUAAGAAAGUCCAGACAUCAUAUUCACCUUCCCCACCCAGCUCCAGCUCUCUCCUGGAUAUUCUGUACUUACCUACAAUGGUGUAAUUUCAAAGGGGGGAAAUGUCUUUACCACUGAUGUGUCAAAUUCCAUCAGCCUAUAGGGCAAAGAUGGGAAAUUCCAACACAAGACAUGCAUCCAGUUCCUGAUACUUCAGUGCCAAGAAGUACAAGGCUUUGGGGUCAUGGAAGAAGAGGACAUGGAAAGAGACAGAAGCUGCCAGUGGCAAUGAAUAGAAUCUGUUUGCUACAAUGUGGAUGAUUCUCUAGAACAUGCUCUGUUGUAUAAAAGGAGCUUUGGUUGAGAGCCGAAGAUCUGUGUGAAAGUCCUAACUCCAGGACUCUUCUCUGUGUGCCUCCACGUUAAUGAAAUGGGAAUGAUAAAAACAGGUCAUUAGAAAAGCCCACUGAAGCCACGGUGUGUAUGAUUUCCAGCUCUACCCUGGUUAAGAAUGUGAUACUGAAUAGCUCAUUAGGGUCUGGAAAUGCCAUUCACUGUGGAUCUUUUUUUAAUAGAGGAACAGCUUCACAUUUUCAUCCCUGAUCAUUGGACCCGAGACUACUGAACUCAUUUUAAAGCAGCGUAUCUCGAGUGGGGCAUAGAGGUCCACCUGCCCCAGGGUACAAUCAAGAGGAUGCAGCCAAUGCCCAUACUCUCAGCGUCCCUGUGGUCUUGGAAGCACUGACCGUCUUCCCAACAUAGCAUGGGUGGACCCCAGGCCUGAACUCAUUUGUAUUGUGUCAUUGCAGACAGUAGGGUUGGUGAGGUUGACCUGCCUGCCUAGGAGUGUCUCCUUCCUCCUUCACAGCCAUCCCUCCCUUAACUGCACACUCAGUUACCAAGGAAGACCGUCCUCAACCCUGAAGAACCUCUGUUCCUUCAAGGGCAUAGGCACGGCAGGCUUCCAUGAUAAACCUCCAAUCUCUCCAGUAGACCCUGUAUCCUUUGAGUGUGUCGACAGGCUUCACCUCCUUCUUACAUUCGAACAUACAGUCCUCCUUUUGUUUGGAUUCAGCUGGAAAACACUUCUGUAAUUAUCAAUGUGUAUAUGUAAUAUUCCAGUGGAGAAAGGGUGUGCGGUUCUCAUAUGAAAUAGUUAACGUACAGAAGUAUAAUCACGGUGUUGAAAGGGUUCCCUGCCAAUGUUUUAUGCUGUGUUUAUAUGAAGCAUGAUUAAUAAAAACUCAGAAACAGAAACUGGGGUUCAACCUGAAGGUCAGAAAAGCAAAGCAGUCAGCCGCUGUCUCAGUCCGAGAAUGGUGAUUCUGCCUCCAGGAAUCUCAGAAUGAGACUGAGACUGAGAGCUGUCUCCUCCCAUUUUAUAAUCCUUUCUAGUUCUGGGAGUAAGGGCAUGAACCACUAUGGCCUGAUUUCUAUGGCAAGCUAGUGUGGCUACUGGGAUUAAAGGCAAGCAUCAUUGCUAUCUUGUCUGUAAGGCUGACCAGUGUGGCUGUUUUACUUUUCUGAUCCUCAGGCGAACUUUAUUUAUCAAAAUACAAAUGAACUGUCACUACAUUUAGAUGUCUAGAUGUAAAUGAAGUGAUAGCCAUCUAAAUCACUCAAGCCUGAGACAAGAGGGAAUCUCCAAAGGCGUGCUUAGAACAGGGUCGUCUCAUACCAGCUACUGGCCUUACAUCUGUGUUCUCACAGAAGUGUUUUCUUGAGUGUAAAUUAGCAGAGAACCAUUGCCCUAUGUGUCCCCUUGUUUUGCACUAAGUUAAUUGCAUUUGUGUUCACUCUUCUCAACAUUAAUUAAAGACAAGCUUAUGAUACUUUGUAACAUGUUAAGAUAAAUACACACUCCUACUAUUUCACACUGAAAAGUUAAUAUCAUUAGUAAAACAGAUCCGUUUUCUUGGCCACAAUAAGAUAAAAGAUGAUUAUACACUGGCGCUGUUACAGGUUUCUGUUAGGCAUCCAACAUUUAAAAUAAGUUACUUCUAAAAUUGGAAGAAUCAAAAAAUGCCUCAGGCCCUCAGGCAUGACAAACAAUUCCAGGCAUUACAAGGAAGAAUGUGACGUGUGGGAGGUGAUUGGAAAUCUUAACACAAGUUCUGUUUCUACUCAGAAAUGGUGGCUCCAAAACACAUCCUCUGCAUCCAACCAUAUACUCCCUUGGCCUCAAGAACACACACACACAAGACGAGCGCGCGCGCGUACACACACACACACACACACACACACACACACACACACACACAUGGGUAGACUACCAGACCAGGAAAUGCCUUGAGGACAUAAAAUUCAGCUUCUUUCUUUGGUGGAUCUGAAUUCCAAAGAAGGAAAUUGUGUAUAAAUGGUACACAGUUAAUUCUCACUAAAGCUAAAGCCUGUGCCGAUAAGCAAUGUUCAGUAACUGCCUAAGCCUCAGUCCAAAGGACCUGGCAUACCUUGGUGGCAGGUUCUAGAAUAUGUUGAACCUCGUGUACAUCCCUAGAUUUCUUUGCUUGUUCAUUAAAAGGGGAUUAAAUCCCCAUUCUGGAAGGCUUAUGGUAUAGGCAUCAGGUCAAGAGACAGAGUGUGGGUUGUACAUGGGGCUUCCUUGCAGGUAGCUGCUGGAAGCUCAUGGUACCCAACUCCAUCCAGAAGACGUUCAAAGAAUAGCAUCCAGUUCUUGUAAAUAAUCAUUUCUCCAUGGCGCGUUUUUAUUAAUAUUUAUUUUAACAUACAUUCUCUUUCCUACAUAUAGUUGAAAAUAUUAAGUAUUUGUAUCCUCAUGAGUUGUUAUGAUAUAUAAUAUGUAUAUGUAUAAUCUCGUUGUUGUGGAUUGCAUGUUUGUGAAUUUGUUUACAAACUAAAAUCUAUUUGUAGCCCCCAAAUCAGUGCUCAUGAUACUGGUAUAGAUGCACAAAACAGUGACUUUUGACUGAUUCAACACACGUGUUCCCAGUAGAGGUUGAAGAAGCUGAGACUCUGCCGCCUUCAGCUGUAAACAUUGUUGGUUCAGGAUGGGAAAGAAAUUUACAUUCCACAGUGUGGUGGUGCAUGCCUUUAACCCCAGUACUCGGGAGCCAGAGGCAGAUGGAUCUCUGUAAGUUCAAGACCAACCUAAGCCAGAACAGCCAGAGCUGUUAUACAGAGAAACCCUGUCUUGAAAAUAAAUUAUGCUAACUGAGGUACUGAGGUGGAACAAGGAAGGUAGAUCUCUCUCUCUCUCUCUCUCUCUCUCUCUCUCUCUCUCUCUCUCUCUCUCUCUCUCUCUCUCUUUCUCUCUCUCUGUUCUGCUCCUGUCUCUGCUCACCAGUUUCUGUGGUAGCAGGCAGCAUGGGCUUCAGUAAUUAUACUUAUAAUCAACCUAUAAUUCUUGGGAGGCUCCUUACACAUAUAAGACUCAUAUGCUACAUAUGCUUUCAAAGCCUGUUUAGGUCAUGCCUUGUUUAUAGAGCCCCAAAGUGAUGCUUAAGUGAUUUCUAUGUUCCCAGGUACAA